CUUCUCCCUUCUCUUGAGCGCAUUGAUAACUGUUGUGCUCAGGCUGUGGUGAAUGAGAUUGAAGAAGAGUUCUUGUUUUGUAUCUCAAUUUCUCUCUUUUUUGGACAAAUUUUAUUUAAACAAAUAAAAAAAGACUACGGAGAUCUCAGACUCUAAUCAAUGGAGGGUAUUUGAAUAUUUACAUCAUUGUAUCGGAGAUUCGGUGGAGAGGUAUUGGGUUGUUUGUAAAUAUUUAUUUAAUUCAUUUCUGAGGAGAGGAGGACUGCUGCUGCUAAAGUGGGUAGAGUGGAGGGGAGUCGGGAGAGAUUGGAGACCAGUCACUCUGCCAGGUGCGGCUCUUUAAUGCUUCAAUUGGAUGGUAUUCAACCUGGAGACGGUGUGAAGGCUGAACGUUUCCCCGGACUGAUUGGCACACUGACUGGCUCAAUGAUGGAACUACAAACAUUACAGGAGGCCCUGAAAAUGGAAAUACAAGUCCAUCAGAAACUAGUCGCCCAAAUGAAACAGGACCCACAGAAUGCUGAUCUGAAGAAGCAGCUCCACGAACUUCAGGCUAAGAUCACAGCGCUUAGCGAGAAGCAGAAAAAGGUGGUGGAGCAGCUGAGGAAGGACCUGCUGGUGAAACAGGAGCCGGAAGUGAAGGUGCCGGCUGCAGACAAACACGUCCUCCAGAUCCCCUCCUCCACCACUCUGCAGGCCCUACAGCAGACCACACACACCCAGGCCCUGCAGCAGAAGACGCUGACAGUCACCCCAGUCAUCCCCACUAAGACUCUACCUGUAGUGCUGAAAGCUGCCACUCCCACCAUGCCUUCCUCUGUUGUGGCGCAGCGCCCCGCCACCGUUGCCAUGGUCACUGCCAUCAGCCACGCCUCCAAGCCUAGUUCCGACAACUCCAACUCCCAGAACACACCAGUGAACCUUCAGGUGGCUAGCAAAUUGACCAGUCAGGGUUUCGAGCCCGUCCGACUGGUGUCGAAGAAUGCACUUGUGGUGCAGGCCACCACCACCCCCUCCUCAGCACAGCCAAUCAAAGUUCCUCAGUUUGUCCCUCCUCCUAGACUGACGCCUCGACCCACCUUUCAACCACAGGUCCGGCCGAAGCCCGCCACGCCCAACAACAACGUGCCAAUCGCCCCGGCACCCCCUCCGCCCAUGAUGGCGGCGCCCCAGCUGCUACAGCGGGGCCCGGUGAUGCUGACCACCAAGCUGAGCUCCUCUUUACUGCCCUCCAGUGCCGGGCCCAUCCACCAGGUGCGCAUUGUCAACGGCCAGGCAUGCGGUUCCACUGGCGCCAAAAGCGGCCAGCACACAGGCACGGUGACAGGCAUCGUUAUCACGGCCCCGGCAUCGGCGCGCCUCGCCACCCCCAAGCAGAAACUGCAGAUCAGCAGCCUCGCCUCAGACACCAAGGCUGUUAAAGCUCACAGGGGAUUGGAGCAGAAAAUGAUGGCGAGCAGCACCCCUCCUCUGUCUCCAGCACCCAGGACGAAGAGAGAGGACAAUCCUCAGAAACUUGCCUUCAUGGUUGCCCUCGGACUUGUCACCCAUGACCAUUUGGAAGAAAUUCAAAGCAGGAGGCAGGAGCGUAAGCGAAGAACAACGGCGAACCCGGUGUACAGUGGAGCUGUGUUUGAGCCCGAGAGGAAGAAGAGUGCAGUGACCUACCUAAACACUCCGCUCCACCAGGGAACCAGAAAGAGAGGUCGCCCACCCAAAUACAGCAGUGUUCCGGAACUGGGCAGCCACACCCCAACCUCCCCCUCCAGCUGUCUCACUGCCUCCCUGGUCCCCGAGCGGCCCAACACAGGGGGGAGCUUCCCCUUCCAUGUCCACCCCCACCACACUCUCCCCCUGCCCAGCCCCAGCUCUGGGGAUGGAGACAUCCAUGAGGAUUUCUGCACUGUGUGCAGACGCAGUGGCCAGUUGCUCAUGUGUGACACAUGCUCACGUGUCUAUCACCUGGACUGCCUGGACCCACCCCUGAAAACCAUUCCUAAAGGCAUGUGGAUCUGUCCCAAAUGUCAAGACCAGAUAUUGAAAAAAGAAGAUGCAAUUGAAUGGCCGGGAACAUUGGCUAUUGUUCAUUCCUACAUCGCCUAUAAAGAAGCUAAAGAAGAGGAGAAACAAAAGCUAAUGAAGUGGAGUACUGAGCUGAAACUGGAACGGGAGCAGUUGGAACAAGGGGUCAAACAACUGAGCAACUCUAUAACGAAAUGCAUGGAGACCAAAAACAUCAUCCUGUCUCGACAGAAAGAAAUGCAAGUUUCGUUGGAGAAGGUCAAACACCUGGUCCGCCUCAUUCAGGCUUUCAGUUUCAGUCUAACCAUGGAGACCGAGGGUACUGGUGCCAUCACAGAAGACAUCACAAGGGCCAAGGAUGCAGUUGUCCCAGCUGAAAAUGCUGUGGACACAGUCAACACAGAGGCUGUAGCAGAAGUCAAUAUCCAGUGUGUGGAUGUGGUGAAGGUCACAGCACAGGACAUCAGCGAUGUUGAAGCCGGAAAGGAGGAGGAUGUAGCUAAUGUUACCACCGAGACGGUAUCAGGAGUCAGCGCUGAGCCUGUUGCCGGUUUCAGCGCCGUGGCUACAGUGGACAGCAGUGUUGAACCCGUGGCUGAGGUCAACAACGCUGAGGAAGUGACUGAGGCCGAGACGAAAGCCACAGCAGUGGUCAGCGCAGAGGACUCUACUGUGGCCACAACCAAUGGCACCACUGACCUUGUGUGUACUGACGCGGGCAUGGACGAGAGCUGUACUAACAACAAGGACGAGAACCGUACUAACAACAAGGACGAAAGCUGUACUAACAACACAAACACCAACCCUGAGAACAAGGUCACCACCACUAACAGCACAGAGGAGGUGGUAGAAGAGGAACAGGAAGAGAACACAAACGAUGAUGGCAGCAGCACCAACAACAGCAAAACCUCAGAACCUUCCCAGAAAUCUUUGCCAGCUCUUCUCGACAGUUUGGACAAUAAAGAGUAAUGCUCUCUUGGAUCAACCCCCCUCCACUCCCACAUAAGAAAAUGACUUUUGCUUUCACCUUUGAAAGGUGCCUGAAGUUGCCAAUCUAUAUAAAUGUUACUUGUUUUCAAUGUAUUGUCAGACUGUGUCAAUAGUAAAUCUACAGCCCGAGUCUGAGAUUGCUCUUGGAUGCUGUAGGCUAUUAUACCCCAAACAUGGGUGAAAGGGUGGUUUGUGUACCAGUGUCAUGCCAAUUUAAGGAUAGAAAAUAAUAGUUGUAAUGGUAAAAGUAAGAUAAUUUAUAACAUCACACCAUUGUGUGCCUGCAACAGCUGCCCUCAGAACUCUCGUGGGGGUUGUUUUUUUAGGUUGUCUUUUGUUCCUGGGGAGGCAGGUUAGAGAUCUCCAAAGACUGCUGAACCGAGAACGUGUUUCUCUGGCAUUAACUGAGAGAAACAUAAAACCAAAAGAUUGGCAAAACAGCUGAGGACAGGGCUUUGAAAAAUUCUAAAGCAUCAGUAUUUAACAGUGGGAAACAUUGAGGCACCAGUUGAGCGUCAUUGAAAAUCAAACAGGUAAAACAAGAGAGCCUUCAGUUAUCCCAAUACCUUCCUCCCCUUUCCCAUUCUCACCCGACCAAUAACUAUGGACCCAUUUACACAACACCUCAGGCAACAAAGAAAAAGCUACGUCCACGUGGUUUGGAAGUAUGAGGCAGACUGCUAAUAGAACUUGCUGACCAGGGCCUUGCUGAGGAAGACCCAGGUAACAAAGACAGUCAUCUCAAGAGACAGUGGAGUCAGAUCACACAUGGUAGCUUAAAGUUUUAAAAUGGUGUAGGUCCAGUGCAGUGAUUGAGUUUCAUUCGUGAGUCGGUGUCAACUGUGAGCGCUAAAUGUUAAAUUGCAAUAAUCUUGCAAUGUCAAAAACAAACACACAAAAAUAUCUAUCUGGGGUGUGUUUCUUCUUUUAUAGGAAAAGAUAUUCAGGUCUUCCUAGUCUUAAAAAAUAAGUGCAUUUCUGUUUCAUAAAACAGUUUGUUAUUAAAUGUGUUUAACUGGCAUAGUUUAUGCAAGUCUAUCUUUUAAAAAGAGGUGACCUUUGCAUAUUAUGAAAUGUAUGUUUUUGUUGAAUUCUGAACUGCCAAAAUGCUAUUGUAUCCAAAUAUAGCAGGGACAUGUCCACUAACUGUAUGGAAAGAUCAAGGAAGAAAUGGAAUAUUCAAAACCAUCUCAGCAAUUGGCAAUACCUGGUAAAUAAGCAUGAGUGCUUAUUCAACAAUCUCAUCAAAAUAUAUUUAUUUCCUGGGCAUCAACCCAUUUUGGUGGUGGUAAGGAACAUACCACAAAUCCUGAGAUUAAAGCACAAGCUUCUGCAUAACAAAUAAGUGCUGAAAAGCUUUUUUGUAUGUUACAUAUGGAACAAAACAGUGCAUUUUGUUUGUUGUCAUGUAAUUUAUCCCCAACUUGCCAAUAUUUUUGUAUGAUCCAAUUUAUCUUUGAGGGUGAGACAGGCCUUGUGCAGCAGAAAUGGUCUCUCUCUCCUACCGUUGGAACAUGCUUGGAUAACAGAACUAACCAACGAACCUAUCACUAAAUACUCAAUAGAUUUGUGCUUCCACUGGUAUUUGUUUUUUAAUGCGACAUCAACAUAUCUGUCCAAUGUUUUAUAAUUUGUGGGGCCAGUAUCCAGUUUUUUCCCAUUUGUUUUCGACCAAGUUGUUCAUGAAUUGUUCAGCAACUUUUGAGGUUGGGACCAUUCAGGAGACCUGUGAUAGAUAUUUUUAGAGCAUGCGUCAUGUCUUCUCAAUUGAAAUGAAAAUGUUUUUUUAAUGCUAUACUGUUGCAUUGUAGAGUGCACAGACGGCAACAUACAUAUCAUGUUGACUUCAAUCCUUGACCAAUCGACAUGUCUUUGGAGAAUGUUUGCUGUUUUGAAAACAGGGAGUUUAAAUUCCAGAAAUUCUACAUUCAAGGGACCGAAUUUUCUCAACAUUGCAAUUUGUAUUUCUUAGCUAUGUUAAAAAAGAAUCUCAUGAUAAAUGAUGAGUUGUUAUACAAGUCAAUUUUUUUGUGGUUUUUUAAACCCAUCUUAAUUGAACAGGAAGAGUUUGACCAAGAGAUGCAAUCAACUGCAAUGGCUAUACUUUCUUGUCUUGUGCUUUCUCAUAGAUUGAAUGAAAGGGGUUAUUUGCCUUCUGAGUCUCACACUGUACUCUUAAGGAUAUAUCUUCACCAAGAAAACACUACAUAGAUUGGCUGGGUGUCAAACAUGUUUCAUACUGUGUCCCUUGAAUAGAACAAAGUAUUCAGACAUCCACUUCACAUUAAUAUGUUUUUGUCUUUGUUAAGCCUGAACUUAUGUUACAGAGAAACUUGACCUUUCCCCCUUUUUAGGUACCUCGAGUGCCUUUGUUCCAACAGUAUAGUUUGUCUCUUGACUUGCACUGUGGCUUGUAUUAUUACCUUAUUACACAAACACACUGGUCUAGCUCCUAUGUUAUCCCCAUGUGAUUUCAUAUCCACCCACAAAACUCUGAAUCUUCAGCAAACAUAUGUAUCUGAAUUAUAGAGCACAAUUGAAUCCGCAUAAUGAAAAAAAAGUAAUUCUAAUACUUUGGACUUUAAGUUAACUAUGUGAGGUUCACUGUUUAAUUAUAUUGGAUUCUGUUUUAUUUUUAUUUUUUACAAGUAGUCUGUAUAGCAGCUGCCUUAAAUGUAUUUUAUUUUUUGUUAUCUCUUAAAAGGUGAAUUCAGUUUAUUUUGGGUAACGCCUGUAAAACAUGGGCAAAUCUGUGGUUUGUUCAUAAUGUACACCACUCAGUAGUUUGUUCAAGUGUCACAGGCACUGGUACGAUAUUUGUGGAGGAUUAUUCACAAGAUCUUGUAUAGAAAAUGGAACAGGUGUGACUGUUAGAAUAAUAUGUUUUGUUGUGAUGCACUUUUGGUUGAAUUCCCACCCAGUAUUAUUUUUAUAUGGUCCCCUCCACCCCAAAAGAUGUGAUGUGUUUAUAAUAUGAAAUAGAAAUCUGGAUUAUAUCUUCUUACUCUGAAUUUACCUCCCUAUUGUUGAGAUUCUACCAAUGCAUUCUAGUCUAGUCGGCAUUAAAACUCAGUCAGUACAGUGCCAGUGAUCA